AUGUCCGGACCUCAACAGGUGGACCUCCCCCCGCGUGCGGGGAGCGCCCACUCAUCCUCAGACCGACACUAUUCGGGCAGCGAGAAAAGCGCUGAAACAGAUAAUGAGCUUGGAAAGCCAGAUGGUGCUACGGAGGAUGGGUUUGCGCCGAUUAAACCGGCAACGACGACGGACAAUAGCCAUUUACAAAGACAGAGCAGCACUGCAUCUCGGCCCGUCGAGCGGAGCUGGUCACUGAAUGACGGUUAUAGCUGCAACAAUCAGUUGGACGAUGAAGCGGCUGCGGGUGAACCUCACGGGGCGGAGGCUAACGAGUCGUCUUCUGAGUUCGUGGUGCGUUGGGAUGAGAAUGAUCCAAUGAAUCCGCGGAAUUUCAAUAAGAUCAGAAGGUGGAUUAUCGUAAUUAUUUGCUCCACGGGAUCUCUUUGUGUGACGUGUACUUCGUCGAUGUAUACGCUCACUUAUGAUCAGAUUAUGGACGAGUUCGGUUGCUCGCGCAUAGUUGCGACGCUAGGCCUGUCCUUUUUCAUUUGGGGUCUCGGCCUCGGCCCUCUCGUUCUAGCGCCGUUGUCAGAGGCAUGUUGCUUUUAUGGCCGCAGGAACAUAUACAUCGCGUCUUUCUCACUUUUCCUGAUAUGGCUUAUUCCUUGUGCCGUUGCGCGUAACAUACAAACCAUGAUCGUGUCUCGCUUUUUCAACGGUCUCGCCGGUAGUGCUUUCCUUAGUGUGGCGGGUGGCACUGUUGGUGAUUUAUUCAAUCGACAUGAGCUUAGUGCGCCGAUGAUGAUCUAUACAAGCUCACCGUUUAUUGGCCCCGAGCUUGGUCCGCUGAUUGGUGGAUUUAUCAACCAGUUUAGUACAUGGCGCUGGGUCUUUUACUGCCUAUUAAUUUGGUCCGGCACAUUACUUGGGCUUCUGAUUACUCUGGUCCCUGAGACGUACCAUCCCGUGCUAUUGAAACGGAAAGCAGAACGACUGCGGAGAGAGACUGGGGAUGAUCGGUGGCAGGCUCCAAUCGAGAAAAUGGACCGGUCCGUUGCGAGGACUGUCGGGCAAUCCCUUUAUAGGCCUUUCCUCCUGCUGACCUUGGAGCCGAUGUGCUUGAAUCUCUGCAUAUUUGCUGCCAUUCUUUUAGGCAUCAUUUACCUGUUUUUCGGUGCGUUCCAACUUGUGUUUUUGAAUGUUUAUGGAAUGGAACUCUACCAGCGAGGCCUCGUCUUUUUGGGUCUCUUCGUGGGCAUGGUUUUUGCUAUUAUAUCCGACCCAUUUUGGCGACGAGUCUACGCCAAGUUAGAAGCAAAGCAUGAGAGGGCCGUGGGAAUUGUGGACGACUUUCAGCCAGAGUGGCGACUACCUCCCGCUAUUCUUGGAGGUCCGCUGGUUACUAUAGGACUCUUCAUUUUCGCUUGGACCAUAUAUCCGCAUGUGCAUUGGGUGGUGCCGCUUAUUGGAAGUGCGUUUUUUGGGGCGGGCACGGUUCUCGUGUAUCAGGGCAUUUUCUCAUUCCUGGUCGAUGCAUAUCCCACGUAUGCUGCAAGCGCACUCGCAGCGAACAGCUUUGCGCGUUCAUCUGCAGGUGGGAUAUUUCCUCUUUUUGGCAUACAGAGUAAGUGUUCUCCAUAUCGAUAUUGUUGCUGUUGGAUAUUGGUCUCUCUCGUCGUGGGGAAUCAAUGA